AUGGCAUUGCCAAUUCCUGAUAAACUGCAGGUCAGCCUGACCAUCAAAGUUGGUCAGCCGUACUCUAACAGUCGCACGACCUAUGGAGCACCGAUUGUGUUCGAGUUCCAGCAUGGCGAAGGCUACGGUGUCCUGCGAGCUCAGAUCGACAGCAAGAUUGCUGCGUUUACUGACAUCACAUGGGAGUCGGAUGCGCCCAUUCUGUUCAAGCCAUUUGCAAAUGCGUCACAAGCAGCAUUCGUUGCAUUUGCGAGUUCACAGCAUGAAUUUGCUGACAGAAUUAAUCGAUUAUGGAAACAAGCCGCUCGCCGCAAGACUGGGUAA